AUCACACAUAUCGCUCACCUCCAAGAAACCGCCUAGACAUAAUAGUCUGACCAAGAGAAUUUAUUUGUGUAGAAGGACAUGGUGACAAUGACACAUUAAUGUUUUAAACAAACAAGCAGAACACAUGGCUUGUUACCGGGGUUUGAAAGAUCUUGUAGCUUUAGUAACUGGUGGAGCAUCAGGUUUAGGCCGAGCUACAGCUGAGAGAUUCAUCCAGCAAGGUGGAAAAGUAGUGAUAUGUGAUCUACCUACAUCAGCAGGAGACGUUGUAGCCAAAACUUUGGGCGAAAAUUGUACCUUUUCGGCUGCUGAUGUUUCAUCUGAGUUCGAUGUAAAAAGUACUUUAGAAGCAGUGAAAUCCAAUUUUAAAAAGUUAGAUGUAGUUGUUAAUUGUGCUGGACUUAGUGUUGCUUUCAAGAUUUAUAAUUUCCUUCAGGACAGACCCCACAGAUUAGCAGAUAUGGAAAAAAUAAUGAAAGUAAAUACUACUGGAACAUUUAAUGUUAAUAGAUUAGCUGUUGAAUUAUUGGCAAAAAAUGAACCAAAUGAAGAUGGGCAGAGAGGUGUAAUAAUUAACACCUCAGGUAGCUCUGCAUUUGAAGGUUUCAUAGGUCAAAGUGUGUUUUCUUCCUCUGCACAUAGUAUUGUUUCCAUGACUUUACCAAUGGCUCGAGAUCUUGCAUCAAAAGGCAUACGUUGUUGUACUAUAGCUCCAGGUUUUAUGGAAACAGAAUUAACAGGUACCCUUCCACCUGAAGUUGUCAAUUUUAUCAGCGAUACGACUCCUUUUCCGAAGAGGUUUGGGAAGCCAGAAGAAUUUGCUCAUUUGGUUCAAUGUAUAAUAGAAAAUCCUAUGUUAAAUGGAGAAACUUUAAGGUUAGAUGGAGGAGUGAGAUUUCAUUUGUAGUUUCUAAAAACCGUUAUUACAUGUAAAUUUUUAAAUAUUUCAUUAAAUCAUCAUUAAGGAUUCAGUAUAUA